GGCUGCAAGAAUGUGUCUCUAAAAUAUCACAUCAUCCCCUACCUUACAAUGUUUGGUCUGCAAUUCGAUGUAGCAAAUGAGAACAGGAACGGGGUGCCUGUGGCCAAGGAGAAACUCGCUUUGAAAAGCCUCUACACUUACCGUUGUCGACACCAUCGACGUCGUCCUUACCUGACAACUUCAUUGAUGCGCCGAGACUCAGAUUCGGAGCCAACCCACGAACUCGUUAUACUAUGUCACAAAUUAGGAAUUUGGACUGAUACAGCUUGGUGUACAACACCUGCAGGACGGUGUUUUCGACGACGCGGCUACGUUUCCAUGAGAGUCCCACACGGUGCUCCAGAAGUCUGGGUAGUUUUUGAUCGGCUAUGGAGAUCUAAAAAUUGGCUUGGGUCUCCGAGUGAUCGACCUACUCUUGACAGCAGAAAAGACGGAAGACUCUGGGAACACGAGGAAGUGGGCUUUCACGGUGAACCUCUAGGCACUGGCGAUGGGCCCGGCAAUAAGGAAGGAAAAUUUGUACCGACUCAUUUACGUCAGAGCCAUAAAGCAUUUGUCGAGAAUAUUAAAUGUGAUAGAUGCUCCGAACCAAUAGGCGAAAGAUGUGAGCAAUGUAGUGUGCUCAUGCACUGCGUCGGAUGUCGAAAAACACUGUGUGCAAGCUGUGCGUACAGUUGGCGGUAUGCCAAAGAUGCAAUCCCCCCUAUUCCAGGCCUACCUACCUCUCAGUCUCUAUGGUGGGCCCCGGGCUCUAACACCUCUCCAUGUAUUAUGCAUGAUCCCAAUCCAGAUGCGGAUAAUAACAAUCCUCCCAACCCUGCUGCACCUGGUCAAUAUCCAAACUUAGAGUUUUCCUGGUGUUGCACGGAGCCGAUUUUUUCAGGAGGUGGAGGUAUCAGUAUCGGCACGACGACACGUGAUGUUGAUUUGGUUCGAGCAGUCCCUUUACCCAAAGGCCAAGGUUGGGAAGAUCCAGAAUACUCGAACAAUUCGUGGAUCGAUAGCAAACGUCAGGCAUCAGAAGUCGGUCACGCCGAACUGUUGCGACAGCUUCUUGGGCCACCGAAUCGCCAGGUGUCGAGCUGCCCUAGAAAUCUGUGCAAGGAAUGUUAUGAAUCACCUCGAUGGAGUGUCGAGUGUCAAAGCUGCUUGAAACCUCUGUGCAAGGAACACGACCUCCGCGGACUACGCCUACGAAUUUGCGGAUACCGAGACCUCGCUCUUGAAAAGAUAACAUUACAGAGCCAGCAAGCGUCUGCUAUUGGAAAGACAGGGAUUUCCUUUACGAUGUCUAACAACAAUGGGCUAUCGACAAGGACACGUACGAAUCUCCUAGCACCUUUUCAAUCUCAACCACCCCAGCCAAUUGCUAUCAAUAUGGACCGAGACUCCCCAUCCGCCUCCAGUAGUGUUGCUGGGGACCAUUUUGCUCCAGGAGUAGGCGGAAUGCACCCUGCAGUCUUACAAGACUUCAUCCAAGCUCAACACCAAGCUGAAGACGGUUCAAUGACAGGGCCGCAAGCAGGCCAAAGCCAGUCUCCAACCACCUCGAACCUGUCGCGAUCAUCAUCACGUUCCUCUGUGUACUACGACGCAGCGGCUGAAAUUAGUAGAUGGCAAGGCUGUCGAUCGUACUUCUGUCCCCAAUACAGGCCUAUCGGUGACCAACGACAACGCUGCAACAGUGUGCUACGUGAAUGCACCAACUGCUCCAUAUACGUGUGCCAAGAUUGCGUCAACAAGAAUCCGCCAUGCCCAUGUUCGUAUUGCGAUGCUAACUAUCAUUGCCCCAACUGCUUAAAGCUGCGAGAAGAGGACGGCACAUGUCGACGAGUCGAGGAAGAGCGAGCCAAGAAGGAGGAAAAGUGGAAACGAGAUAUGGAAAUGCUGGAGGAUAUUCUUGACCGAAAACUUGCAAAUGAAGUUGCUGGGUUCGCUGGUGAAUUCAUGGAUUUGGUUCAUGACGGUGAUCAUGUUGAGUCUCUCGAUCUGCAGACCUCCUUGACCCCAUUACCACUCGCUAGUCAAUCCCAUGGCAAUGCGCAAGGCCAAGUGGCGCCAGCCCCGAUACAGCUCCAGAUACAGUCACACGCUGCAAACCAUGAUGGUCAAUCAUUCCACCAUCACAAUUCCGACGACGAGGUCCUGGAUGAAACCGUCACACCGAUUGCCGAUUGACAAUCCUUUUCUCUGAGGCUGGCAUCUUCCUCGUACUGUUGACAAGCCAUGAGCCGCCACUAGCGGUUAGCAACAGUCUGCAUACAUCAUCCAUUCAUCGUCGACAUUUUUCUUAGCAUAUCACACGGAAAGGUUGGGUUAGGUUCGGUUCAAACGGUGUUUAUUCAAAGCUGCUGCAUCUCGGCGUGAUAAGGGACAUGAACAAUUAGCAUCUAGCAAGGCGGUUUUUUUUUCUUCAAACACUAUAUCUUUCCUUUAUAUUUUUUUCUUUCGUAUCAUGUUCCCCAUGGGUGGAGUUAGUUCGGGGUGUUUAUUCAGUGAUGAUUUUUAUUCCAUACAGCUUGAGACAAGGUAAGAUAUCCCAUAAUAACAUUGAAUUUAAUAGUUCGAAUAUGGCAUUGAACUUGAUAGUAUAAUGCCAAUUUCAGUAUA